GGGUUCAAAUCCGUGUUCAAUAUUAUGAUGCUGGAUCACAGUUAUGGGAUGCAAUUGCUGAAGACUUCAAAUAUCAUCAAAAAAUUGAUUUGGCCAUUCCUCCGCCUCCGUGCCAGUUCCUGGUUGCUUCUUUACCGGGCCUGGAAAAUAG